UCAAAUUCAAGAUGGAUGGAAUCACGACCAGCGCUCAAAAAUCUACACAACACUGAAUAAAGUCCCGGCUGUGUGGAGGAAAGAGCCUAUUCACGACGUGCGGGCCAUGGAGAGCCUAGUGCAUUACAGUAACCCCUCCCAUGCCCUCUCAGUGUUAGCGGUUCUCAAUGAGCAGCGCCUGCGGGGUCAGAUGUGUGAUGUGGUCCUGGUUGUGGGGGACCAGAGGUACCAGGCUCAUAAGAGUGUUCUGGCUGCCAGCAGUGAGUAUUUCCAGUCCCUCUUCACACGGAUGGACACAGAGUCACUGAAAGUUGUGAACCUGGACUUCUGUGAGCCUGAUGCCUUUGAGAUAGUUCUGAAUUACCUUUACUCCUCCUCACUCUUUGUGGACAAAGGCAGCCUGGCAGCCAUUCAAGAGCUCGGCUACAGCCUUGGAAUCCCUUUCCUCACCAACAUCGUGUCAGCACGGCCUCAUGUGUCCUACUGUGUGUCUAGAAAAAGGCUUUCCUUCUCAGAGGAGGAUGAGAAUGAUGUCCAGACAAGGAGCGUCAUUGUGUGUCGGGUCCGAAAUGACGCGACCCAUUCCACUCGCUCAAAUUAUCCGAGAAAAACAUCAGAGAGACUGUCAUCUCCCCACUCUACUCGAGAGUCAGCACAGCCACCUUCGGAACACAACUCACACGAAUCAGCCAGGAACUCUGAAUCCAUCAGCAGGAAAUCAUCCGAACAAAGAGAAGCUGCUGAGAGGAAAUCCAUCUAUCCAUACACCUCCAUAUUAAAAGGGAAUUCAUCACACAUCACAUCUGUCAGGCCUCAGCUGACAUCAUCAGUGUCCUUCAGCGAUGCUGAGAUGCAGCACGUCAGGCUGCAGUCUGGCACAGACCAGGACACUAAAGAGGAGAGUGAGGACCAGGAGCAGCACUAUCACACCAAAGUGCCCUUUCAGGGUCAGGCCAGUGAGCCAAGCCAGGCCAUUGACAGGAGCGGGCCGCUCAUAAAAAGCCUACUCCGAAGGUCGCUAUCCAUGGACAGCCCCGUUCCAGUCUUCUCACCCACACUGGAGCUGAAGGAGCUGCAAAAUCGGGAACAGUCAGUUGUUAAAAUGGCAUCAAAAACACCUGGACCAGAAACGUCUGCUCAAAAUGGAAAUUCCAAAAAAUCAUCUCCUCUGGUCCUCAGGCCAAAGUACCCCAGCGGGCAUGAUGAAGAAACUCAGGUAGAAAGCGAGGUCAGUGUGAAAGCUGAGCCGAGCAGUCCACUCGCUGACCCCAUGGACAUCAUUCGAAUCACAGUGGGAGAUACUUUGCCUGUCAGUCUUAAAGACUUGCAAACAAAUUAUGACCAAGGUUCCAGGCUGGACUUCAGUCCUCUGGGGAAAAGAAAGGACAGGCCAGACAACAGAAGGUAUCCAUUCAAGAAGAGCAAAUUAUUUAAAGAACAUACCCUCUCACUAGAUGAGAACAUGUCAGAAACAGCACCUCAGGGUGCCUGCGGUGACUCUAAUGAGAACAGCGGGGAGCUGUCUCAGAACAGGAUUUUCAAAUGCUGGAACUGUUUAAAAGUUUUCAGGUCCAGUGCUGGGCUACAUCGUCAUGUAAAUAUGUAUCACAACCCCGAAAAGCCGUAUGCUUGCGACAUCUGCCACAAGCGCUUCCAUACCAACUUCAAAGUGUGGACACACUGCCAGACUCAGCAUGGUGUAGUACAAAACCCGGCCUCAUCCUCCAGCUCCUCUGUACUGGAUGAAAAAUUUCAAAAGAAGUUAAUAGAUAUUGUGCGAGAGAGAGAAAUAAAGAAAGCUUUGCUAUGGAAGCUAAAGAGGAACAAGCAGGGCUUACAGUCUCCUGUGCUUACCAAGAAGAGAUCGAGGCCCAGCUUCAUAUGUCCUUAUUGUGGGAAAGUAUUUGUGUUCCAGUCUCAGUACAGACAACAUUUAAGGACACAUCCUGCAGAAAAAGCUGACCAGGACACAGCAAGUGAGAGCAUCCUCUACCAGGAACAGGAUGAGAUCAUUCAACAGAAGAACACCGACACUGGUGUUUACUCCUGUAGACUCUGUAACAUGAAGCUGUCGUCACCCUUUGAGCAGGGCGAUCACGAGAGGGGCUGUCGACAUGCGACUGUUUGCCCCUACUGUGGCCUCAGAUUCUCAAGCCCAACCGUCAAGAGGGACCACGAGGCACACUGUAAGUACAAGAAACUGACAUGCCUGGAGUGUAUGCGGACCUUCAAAUCCUCCUUCAGCAUAUGGCGCCACCAGGUGGAGGUCCACAACCACAACAUGAUGACUGUUAAAGACCAGAUUCACCUGAGGCAACAAGAGAACGAUAAAGAAGCGUCUGAAAUGCUUAGAGAGGAGCAUUACAGUAAUGAGCCUCUACCCACCGGGAGCUCAAGAGAGAACAUCAGCUACAGUGACUCCUCAGGUCCACCCAUGUACGAUUCAGAGGACUCCUCAUCCUAUGUGCCUGAGGACCUGAGCAUGGGUCACCACGGCAAGCUCGUAGUGAAGGAAGAGCCUUUAGAGGAGGCUGUGAGUGAGAUGGAAAACACAGAGACCGCCAAAACUGGGUCUGAGGAACCCGGUGUGUGGCCAUGCGAGAAAUGUGGAAAUCUUUUCAGCUCUCGCAAAGACCUGGAACGACACCAGGAGCUGCUGUGCCACAUCAAACCGUUCAUCUGUCACAUCUGCAACAAAGCCUUCAGGACCAACUUCCGCCUUUGGAGCCACUUCCAGUCCCACAUGUCAACCGCUAACGAACCUGGAGCCAAAGAGAUCGACAGACACCCGUCACCUCUGUCUCCCUCCCCUCCCAUGACUCCUCAAAACCCUGAACGUCGCUCCCCACAGGCCACCGUUCUCAAAUCCACCCAGACGGCCCCAGUUGCUGCAACCAUGACUGAGGAGUCCAGUAGCCCAGAGCCCUGCAGCUCAUCAGUGAGCAAGAUGAAGAGGCCCGAGCUAGAACGGCAACCCAGCAGCCACAGCCCUCUGUCAAGGUCAAACAGCAUGGAGAACCCAGGUGGUGCUCAGGAAUCGGACACACUCUUUUACCAUGCACCGUCUCUCUCUGCGCUGACGUUUAAGAGGCAGUACAUGUGUAAACUCUGUCACAGGACCUUCAAGACAGCCUUUAGUCUCUGGAGCCAUGAGCAGAGUCACAGCCACGUGUAAGCAUCAGGCAAAUUAUAGCAGUGCAUUUCUCUUCAGAGACAAUACUUAAUAUUAGAAUAGACACACCUCAGCCUACAAAAGGAAGACUUUGAAUGUAUAGCUUAUUCGCUUGCCUCCAAUGUCAUAUAUUGAAGUGGCCAAUGUUCAUUAGAGGUGUAAACGUGAAUGUGCAAUCAAGUGCUAGAUUCCUCUGUGAGAUGAAAUGAUUAUAAAUGGUUUAUUUUCCUUUCAAAUUGAUCUAUAAUCAUCGAUCUAUUUUAGACCUCUUUAAGUUGUCUACUUGUAUUUAUCUAUCUAGAUGUUUUGAGAAAACAGGGUACAGAGUUGCACCCCUCAGCGAAAAAAGGUACAGCUACAUACAUUGUUUUCUCAGAGUGUGGAAAAAGUGCUUUAAACUUUUGAAGGCUGCAGAUGACUUAAAGAUUAGUGCUUUUGCUUUUGUAUCAGAUCUAUCUCUUGAUGUGAGUGACGUCCCUUAAGAUAAUAUUGGUGGCCUCAAUAAUGUAUUCAAUAUGCACUUUGUUUAACAGUUUGGUUCUGUUACAGGGCGACCGAGUCCAAAAGGUUUGCUUGGAUCCUUUAGUUUCCAUAACUGGGGUUUUAGGCUGCAGAAAGAAAAAUGAUAACUAGGCCCAAUAGUAUCUGUUUUGUUUCCUCAUACUUAGCAUUCCUUUGACAUUUGUCCUCUUAUAUUAGUAUGAUAAGUAAAGUUCUAACACACUGUACAUCAAACACCUCAGACACCUGUUGUUUUAGGCAUUGCAUCUCAGUAUGCAGCCUUGAUUCAUUUCUUACGCUCUUCAUUCAGUACUUAUAGUUUACAGUGUCCUCCUAAUUAUUAGCCUGGCAAAUAAUUUUUAGAAGUGUACAAGUGAAUGAGAUAGUGCAAUCAUCAGUGAUAAGAUCUGAGAAAGUUGUGUUUUUUCACAGGUCAAUGAAUAUAAUGUUUACACGUGUUGCUUAAAAAAAAUAAUUUGUAAAAGGUGCUCAGAUCAGCUUACUAGUAAAAAUGG